AUCAAGGAGCUCAGAGUGAAAACCUUAACUUUCCUCACAUUACCUCAGCCAGCCUCAAACUGUAUUUUGAAAGAAAUCAUGCUUGUCAAAUUUACCUGCGUUGUAGUCACCAGGGCAUUAUUUAUUUUGGUAUCUCUCAUCGGUGUAUGGAGAGUGACAUGGGUGAAAAAUAAUAAUUUAUACUGGUUUCUAACCAUCCUCUAUUUGCCUCUUGUGGCUGAAAUGAUUUUAACUCUGAGAAGAAGAAAAGGGAAGGAUUACAAAUGGUUUUCUCCAGCAAUAUUGUUUUUCCUCGUAAGUAUUAUCCCAACCAUAUGGAUCCUUGAAUUGCACCAUCAGCAAAACAGAUCAGAAGACUUAACGUGUAAUAAACUGGAUUCACCUGAGAGCAUCAACAUCUUUUUUGGUGAAAGGAGAAAUUCUUCCAAUGCAACCUUGAAUUUACAGGACCAACUAAAAUUCUUGUCGUCGGUUUGUGCCAAUGACUGGAUCCUAGCCCUUCACCAAAUCCUCCUGAUCCUGCUAAUAGUGGGGAAGUGGCUGCUACCAAUCGGUGGAGGAGUCACCAGAGAUGAAAUGUCCCAGUUGUUGCUCAUUUUUGUGGGCACAGCUGCUGAUAUCCUCGAGUUCAUCAGUGAGACGCUGCCUGACGUGAAGGAGAACAGUCUGGUCUUUGUGUGCAUUAUUCUUGCAGUUUGGACAUGGAGUAUGCUACAAUUUCCUUUGCAUUUUUCAGUGGUGAACACCAAACCUGAGGAUUAUUCUGAAGGCCAGGAUGACUCUAUCAUCUCCAAGUACAGGACAGAUAUAUGGAACAUUGUGGGAUGUUUUUUACUUCAAGACGGCCCCUUCUUUAUUGUCCGACUUACAGUUAUGUUGUUUUUUUCUGUCUAUCAUCAAAUGCUGGUCUUCUUUACCAUUAAGAACUUUCUGGUUGUGAUGCUUAAUAUAUACAGGAUGUGGGUCAUUUACAAAGAUUACACAUUGUGAGAAGUGCAAAAAGGACCUUG